AUGCCGCCUAUCCCGUUCAGCAGCCCUGAGCAUUCUCCCGCAGCCAGCUCGAUUCUGUCUCCUCCGCUGACCAGCCAGCACUCAACGGAAAAUGUCUUAUCAUCGACUGUCGUUCCGUGGUUACAGUGCCCAGUUGUUCCCUCAAGACACAGUGAGGGGCAGAUACAAAAGCACGGUUCUGAACAUGACGCCAACAGCAAAGCUUCAGUCUUUCCGCAUGCCUCAUCUACAAACAGCCCGCCAUACCCAGGGCAGCGGCUUGUUCUGCCCGCCAUAGCUGAACCCUCCGCAGAAGACUGCACCAGCGACUCAUCUGUCUCCACUUCGCGAGAAGGCACAGACUCUGCGCCCAGCAGGUGGCUUAAAAAUGUUUCCAUUGAAGUUGCACAGGAUGUGCGGGUAGAGAAAGAGUUGUAUGCUCCAACGAAAGAUCAGAAACUAUCAGUUAAACGAAUGGUAGUGAGACAAGUUGAGGACUAUCCCACGAAAGACAAUACAAGCUCUUUAUUUUGCCCUUGCCAGAGCUCCAAUGUAGCACAAGGCACAGCCGCUUCAUGGACCUCUUCCUACGAAAAGACAAUAUCUGGUGGACUGCAUAGUCAGUGGAAUGUUACAGAGUCAUCUAAAAACGACAUGAGCUGCCAUUCAUUUGGAGGCUCACCAGCACUCUGUGAAGGCCCUGAAACUUUUGCCGCUAGUGCCACACUGGCGAAGGGAGGAAUCGGUGUACGGUCUGGGAAUGCUAUGUCGUCUUUGGAGCACCUAGACGAUGCUGAUGAUGGUCGGGCUUGGCUGGAUCAUCUAGAAAAGCUUCGCGGGGGUGCUCCCAAGGAAGAGUAUAAAAGGGAGAGGUCACGGGUAGUAGAUGCUCUCAUUCGAAGAGCCGCUACGUACCCAAAAGUUUCCGGCAUAUAUUUUGACAAGCAUCAGUUACGUUGGUCUGUGGGAUGGGCCCACAAUGGCCGCAGAGCGGCAAAGUACUUCCCAGUUAAACUUUUCGGAAUGCGCGAGGGGUAUGACAUGGCAGUAAGCUUCAAAUCCACCAAAACAGUGCUUCUGGAGCCAUCGACGCCACUUCUGACGAAUCCUGUUCAAGGUGCAGAGGGUCCAACCAGCUCUGUGAGGCACACCGAUGGCAACUCCAAUAAAGCAUCACUAGCAGUGGUUACAGCCUCUCGUGCGGAGAAGCCUUUGUCUUCCUACACAACCGAUGCGCCGGUCACUUUGUCCCUUCAGCCGCAGCCGGCAAUUGCGGGCCCCAGCCUGUGCAACCGCACGUGGCAAGAAAGAUUACGAAUUUGCUCACCAUGCUUUUCAGAGAUGCCUCUCACUACACCGUGUCUUAUGGUCACAGCGAACAGCCAAACAUCCUCGGAUAGAAAAAAUGUAGACGUCUCAGGCACCGCCACUACUAGAACUGGCGUCCAAGUUCCCGGCCAUAACUCUGAAUUAGUGACGCCACCAAUGCAAAGAAUUUCCGUUUCUGGUGGCAGUGAUAAGGGAGAAAAGCUGAGUCAAACGGCUGAUGAUCAUGCUUCAGCUCCCAGCUCUCCUGGCGGGACUACUCAUGGCGAGCUGCAUAGCCUACCUGGCUUCCGGCCGCAGCAGUCACAGUGGCCAUUCACUUCAGUCCUUGAGUUAGACCAACUUAAAGUCCCUUCUCCCUGCACAGCAGUCAACAGAAAAACGGAACCCCAAGCAGUAGUGGAAGGCCGCCUAAUUGCUUCAGGCGCCUGCUACUUGAAUAGGACGCAGGAGCCCACACCACAGCGGGGAGCACCAGGCUUGUCUGGUCUGCACUCGCGCGAACUCAAUGGGCUAGGCCCUACUCAAGAUGAUGCCAAACCUGGUGACCUUCCAUCAGCAGUGAAAAUGCUUCGACCACCUUGCAAUCCUCUUCAAGAUGCUAGCCCUUCUCAUACGGCAGAAGUGGGCAACCUACCUGCUACGGGAGCCCGUAGAGGGUCACUUUCCUGUCAUCAAAACGUUUUGAAGGCAAAUAUUCAAGAAAAGGAGCUUCUAAUGGGUACAACUCUGAGAUACGAUCGCCUACGGUUGCAACACUUUCAGCAAAUUCACCACACGCCAGGCAUCCACUUUGACAAGCACUCUCUCAGAUGGAAGGCGACGUGGUACGACAUAUCGGGGCACAGAAAAGCCAAGUAUUUCCCCAUAGCAAUUGGAUCGACGGCAGAUGCUUCAGCCAACCGGCACCUCGCCGCGCUAAGCUCACUUACAGACGGCGGAUAUGAUGAAGAAAGAGACAGGCGGCUGUCAAAAGCGCCUUCCCGAGUGCUCAUACGUCACGCUUCCAGACUUGCGCGCGUGCCCGGCAUCUGGUUCGACAAGAAGCAACUGCGAUGGGCCUGCACAUUUACAGAUGUCCAGUCUGGAAAGCGUCGAGCAGAGUAUUUUCCAAUCCGUCACUUUGGAUUUCUGGGGGCUCGCCUACUGGCCGUAAAUGCUCGUAAAAAAAUGGAAAAAUUUCGUUCGCAAGCGAAUGUUAAUGCUCAAGCAAAUGAAAAGUUUAAAAAGGAAAGCAUCAAACAUAAUGACGUAUCCGGUGUUGGUGAAGACACCAUGGGAGAGGUGGACAGCUUUGAAAGUCAAAUAGCAAAAGAAGCAGGUGUACAGGAUCUGUGGAAUAAAUAUGUACUUGAGACACUUCAGCGCAAAGACGUUUCAAAGGGUCGCCAUGCUUCCACAACCGACAGUACCUUUUUCACUCUUGCUGCUGGAUCGCUACGAUUUGUUGACGACAUAAAUGACAGCGGGGCCGGCUGGGCUGACGAAUAUUGCCAGGCAACUGAAAGCAGUCACCCCUCAGCGGAACCGAAGAGCGAAGUUCUAUCUAGCCAGGAAGAAAAUGUCCGCAACCGAUUAAAAUCAGGUUUAUUCUGUUGGACAGAGGAGGCCUGCUUAAAACACAUUCGGAAACCAUUCUUUCUCUCGGAAGAGAGGCUAUCCGCUUCCUUCUCUGCGACUUGCGCUCACACUGUCUUAGUGGUCUUGCUUCUGGUUUGUCGCCAAGAGAAUCCAUUUUCCACAUGA